GUUUCGGUUUGGGAUCCAGUUGGUGGUGUGGAACAUAACAGAAGAAAGUCAGAACAAGAGGGAAUAGUUUUCUCUGUGCAAAGAUAGAAUGGAAGAUGAGGGGACCCUUGAGGAGAGAGAGGAGGGGGCCACUGCCCCCAAAAGGAGCUGUUCUGGGAGAGAGGAGGGGGCCACUGCCCCCAAAAGGAGCUGUUCUGGGAGAGAGGAGGGGGCCACUGCCCCCAAAAGGAGCUGUUCUGGGAGAGAGGAGGGGGCCACUGCCCCCAAAAGGAGCUGUUCUGGGAGAGAGGAGGGGGCCACUGCCCCUAAAAUGAAUCUAUCUGGCGAGAAUGAGCUAGACAUUGAACCUGUGAGAAUCCAUCAGAACAGACAAGACGCCCCUGUACCCAGCUGUCUGUCCAUGAAGAGUGACCAGUCUAUGAUACAGCCAAUACUCUUUAGUGAGGAAGACUUAACUACUGAAGAAAGAGUCUUCCAGAACAGACCAGACUCCCUUGUACCCAGCUGUCUGUCCAUGAAGAGUGACCAGUCUAUGAUACAGCCAAUACUCCUCAGUGAGGGAGACUUCACUGUUGACCAACGUCUAGACCAUGGUGGAGAGUUUCUAGUAAAGUCAGGACUUAAAAAAUGUCGAACACGUCUGAAGGUCCAACAAGAGAUUAAAAUUAGACUGAAACAGAAGUAUCAAAUACUGUGUGAAGGAACUGGACCCCAUGGAAACCAAACUCUAUUAAAGGACAUCUACACAGAGCUCUACAUCACAGAGGGUGGAAGUGGAGGAGUCAAUAAUGAACACGAAGUGAGACAAAUCGAGAUGGCAUCUAAGAGACAAACAAGACAUGACACACCAAUCAAAUGUAGAGACAUCUUUAAGCCAAUAAAACAUUUGAAGUGGGAUCUGAAUCAUUUACCAGAACAAGACAAUUAUAUGAAAAAGAAAGGUUUAAGAAACCUGACAAAAGGAAUCGCAGGCAUUGGAAAAACAGUCUCUGUUCAGAAGGUCAUCCUCGACUGGGCUGAGGGAACAGCCAAUCAGGACAUUCACUUCAUAUUUCCUCUUCCUUUCCGUGAUCUGAACCUGAAAAAGGACCAGUAUAGUCUGAUGACACUUCUUUCCCACUACUUCCCAGAAACAGAAGAGAUUGACAGAAUGGAAGAUGGUGGAACCAAAAUGGUAUUCAUUUUUGAUGGUCUGGAUGAGUGUCGACUUCCUCUAGACUUCAAAAACAAUAAGAAGAUUUUUGAUGCCACAGAACCAACCUCAGUGGACGUGUUGCUGACAAACCUUAUCGAGGGGAAUCUGCUUCCCUCUGCUCUCCUCUGGAUAACCACACGACCUGCAGCAGCCAAUCAGAUCCCUCCAGAGUAUGUUGACCAGUUUACAGAGAUACGAGGAUUCAGUGAGCCACAGAAGGAGGAGUACUUCAGGAAGAAAAUCACAGACCAGAAUCUGGCAACAGAAAUCAUCAAACACAUAAAAACAUCCAGAAGCCUGCACAUCAUGUGUCACAUACCAGUCUUCUGUUGGAUAUCCGCCACUGUCCUUGAGAUAAUGCUGAAAGAAGCAGAGAAAGAUGCAAUUCCUAAAACUCUCACCCAGAUGAAUGUACACUUCUUGCUCAUGCAAGUCAGUGUGAAGAACAUGAAGUACAACAAAUCCACAGAAACAAAUCCAAAGGAACUGUCUCAGUCAGACAAAGACAUGAUCCUGAAGUUGUCCAAGCUGGCUUUCCAACAGCUUCAGAAGGGCAACCUGAUCUUCUAUGAGGAGGACCUGAGAGAGUGUGGCAUUGAUGUCUUAGAGGCAUCAGAGUACUCAGCACUGUGUACAGAGAUCUUUAAAGAAGAAUCUGGGCUGAACCAAGAGAAGGUCUUUAGCUUUGUUCAUCUGACCAUUCAGGAGUUUCUGGCAGCAGUACAUUCUCUAGAAUCAUGUCUGGGAAAGAAUAAGGAUGUUUUCUCACCCUCUAGUGAUUAUAAUAAAGUGGGGAAGUCAGAGUUAUCUGAGCUACACAGGACAGCAGUGAAUCAUGCCUUGGAGAGUGAGAAUGGACACCUGGACCUCUUCCUCCGCUUCCUUCUGGGUCUCUCACUGGAGUCCAAUCAGAAUCUCUUACAAGGGAUUCUGACACAGACAGGAAGUACAACACAGAGUAAUGAGGAAACAGUUAAGAGAACAGUAGAGUACCUUUCAGGGAUGAUCAAGAAGGAAUCCUCACCAGAAAGGAUAAUCAACUUGUUCCACUGUUUGAAUGAACUUGGUGCCAACUCUCUAGUGGAAGAGAGGCAGAUCUCACUGCAAUCUGAAACCCUUUAUGGAACAAAACUAGAACCUCACCAAUGUUCUGCCAUUACCUACCUAUUGUUGAUGUCAGAGGAGGUCUUGGGGGAGUUCAAUCUGAAGAGAUACAACACAACAGAGGCAGGUUAUCAGAGGUUGCUGCCGGUAGUGAAAACCUGCAAGAGAGCACUACUGGAUGACUGUGGACUCACACAUAAAUCCUGUGAAACUCUGGCCUCAGCUCUGCAGACACCAGACUCCCCCCUGACAGAACUGGACCUCAGCUAUAAUCACGUGGAAGACAGAGGAGUUGAGCUACUCUGUCCUGCACUAACCAGUCCAUUUUGCAACAUACAGACACUUAUACUGGAUGGAUGUGGACUCACAUAUAAAUCCUGUGAGACUCUGGCCUCAGCUCUGCAGACACAAAAAUGCCCCCUGAGGGGACUGGACCUCAGCUACAAUCACCUGAAAGACAGAGGAGUGGAGCUACUCUGUGCUGAGCCAACCAGUCCACUCUUCAGCAUACAGACACUAGUUCUAGGUUAUUGUGGUCUGACAGAGGUCUGCUGUUCAGAUCUGGCCUCCAUCCUGCGUUCACCCAACUCACAACUAAAACAACUGGAGCUGAAAGACAAUGACCUGAAGGACUCUGGAGUUAAAUUGCUCUCUGCUGGACUGGAGGAUCCCAGCUGUAAAUUACAAACACUGGGGUUGUCAGGUUGUCUGGUCACAGAGGAAGGCUGUGCUGCUCUGGCUUCAGCUCUGAGGUCAAACCCCUCCCACCUGAGGAAGCUGGACCUAAGCUACAAUCACCCAGGAGACUCGGGAGUCAGACUGCUCUCUGCUGGACUGGAGGAUCCACACAGGAUAAUGGAGAAACUCGAUCUGGACCAUGGUGGAGAGUUCAGGAUGAAAUCAGGACCCAGAAAAUAUGCCUGUGAAGUUAUACUGGACCCAAACACAGCAGCUAGAACACUCUCUCUGUCUGACCAGAACAAGACAGUGACAUCUGGGGAGAAGCAACCAUUUCCUGAUCAUCCAGAGAGAUUUCAGUGUUGGGAACAAGUUCUGUGCAAAGAGGGUCUGUCAGGACGACAUUAUUGGGAGUUAGAGUGGAGUGAGGGAGGGGCUGGUAUAGCAGUGACAUAUGAAGCAAUCAACAGGAAAGGAUGGGGUUGUGACAGUUGGCUUGGAUCCAAUGACAAGUCCUGGAGUCUGAUCUGCUCUGGAAACAGUUACACUGCCUGGUAUAAUAAUAAGAGAACUACCAUACCUGAACUCCCCUCCUCCUCUUGGUCUAACAGAGUAGGAGUGUAUCUGGACUGGCCAGCCGGCACUCUGUCCUUCUACAGGGUCUCCUCUGACACACUGAUACACUUACACACAUUCCACUCUACAUUCAUUGAGCCACUCUACCCAGGGUUUUUUGUGGGCCCUGGCUCCUCAGUGUCUCUCUGUCAGGUAGUAUAGGCUCCUGUGUCUGUUAAUUCAAGCUUGCAUUAUGAAAGCGCCUGUCUAUUCAAUGUCUCUGUGUCAGUUACACUAAAGAAAUAUACUGUAGAUAAAAUGAACAUAUUUUAAUAAUGUGAUUUUAAUUAUUCCUGCUUAAAU